AUGUUCUUAGCAGGAGUUAUAGCACUAAUUGGUAUCAACAAGACCAUCCAGUUCUUCUUCAGACCGGCGAAGUUAAAAGGCGCCGUCACAUUUCUCGGUGGUAUCAUGCUAGUACUUAUAGGAUAUCCGGUGUUCGGAAUGGCGAUAGAGUUUUUCGGGUUCAUCAACUUAUUCGGUGAUUUCUUCCCCACAAUCGUCACCUUCCUGAGGCGGCUACCCAUAAUUGGAAAUAUACUCAACAUGCCUGGAAUAUCGGAUAUGAUCGACAAGGCGUUAGGAAUCCGCGAAUUGCCUGUAUAA